UUCCGAGAGCAACAACCGGCGUGACUCAGAUGUGAAAGUUAAAUAGCUGCCAAGAUCUGACCACAGCUCAGAAGCAGCAGCAUGAAGCGGAGUGAACAUCACGGCCUUUCUAGAACUCCAGGAUGCGUCUGCAGAGAUGUCGAUCAGCCCUCAGCAUUGUGCUUUUGCAGCAUGUGAUUGACUGCUUCUUCCUGUUGACGUCACACAGAGUGUCCUCCUCAGAUGUGCCUCUUUUGAUUGGUCCAUCCCAGACGGUCGUGGCUUUCGUUGGCGAUGACGUCACGCUGCCGUGUCGCCUGGAACCUGCCACCGACGCCUCUGCCAUGAGGCUGGAGUGGGCGAGGCCCGACCUGAGCCCCGGGUUCGUGCACGUUUGGGCAGACCGCCGAGAGCAUGUGCUUGACAAACAGCCGUCCUACAGAGGAAGGACGUCUCUGCUCACCGACCGGCUGCAUCUCGGAGACAUUUCACUGAAGCUCGUCAACGUGACGCUUUCUGACGAGGGACCGUACAGAUGCCUUGUUCCAGAACUGGGUCGAAAGGCUUUUGUUAAACUUGCUGUUUGUGUUGUCUCCACGCCAGUUAUCCGGGUAAUGUCCAGAACCAGCAGUUCAGUGGUGCUGCAGUGUGAGUCUGCAGGCUGGUAUCCAGAGCCUGAGCUGUUGUGGCUGGACGGUGAGGGAAAGCUCCUCUCUGCUGGACCUCCAGAGACAGUCAGAGGUCCUGAUGACCUCUAUACUGUCAGCAGCAGAGUGACUGUGGAGAAGAGACACAGCAACACCUUCACCUGCAGAGUCCAGCAGAACAACAUCAACCAGACCAGGGAGGCGCACAUCAGAGUAGCAGUCCUGUCCAGGUAUGUGAAAGGUGUCCUGGCUCUGGGGUUACUUGGCGUCGUACUGGGGCUUGCAUCCACAAUACAUGGAUGCAUGCGUGAGCAUGUAAGCAAAGACCAAGAAAAUGACACAACUUGUUCUGCUGUUCACCAGGCACAAGAAAAUACAGUCAGAGCAUUCAAAUAAAGAAAAGAUGGAUGUGUGACGACUGCGAGAAACAGCGGUGACGACAAAACAACCUGAGAUGGAAAACGAACGCGAAGCUGGAGCAGGAGGAAGCGACGCCCGACCACAGAAUGUAAAAGUCAAACCAAUCAGUGAAAACGACGUCAAAUCACUGGCAGCUGUUAUGGAAGGUGUUUGAUUUUGGGUUGCCAGAUUAUAGAGAAGUCUUUCGAACAAAUUGAACCACUUUAAAAAUUAAUUAACGCUAAUAAGGCCUGUAUGAACGACGGGGUGCUAAUCACAUGAUGCCUCCUGGUCAACAUCGUGUGUUUUAUAAUGUGAUAGAAACUCGUUCACACAAACCACAAAUAAACGGUACAUGUACUGUGUUCACAUUGUAAAUAUGUUAACUAGUUAUAUAAACUAUAUCUAUUGCAACAUUCUUUGUGCUACCAAGUCCUCUCAUUUUUGUAUUUAUAUAAAUUCUUGUUUUAUAUAACACUUGUUCUUGUUUAAUGUUAUUGAUCUGUGUUAAACUGUAUGUUUGUGUCUGUGCUUUCCUAUGAAAUUGACUGACAGCAUGUGCAAUAAACGGAGCAUUACUUUAAGCUUA